CGUGUCCGAGUUUGCCUGUCACAUCUCAGGCUGCAGUGCGGUCUUCAGUGCUCUGGAGGAGUACGAGCACCACUACAACGCCCUGCACAGGCACGUGUGCUGCUCAUGCCGCCGCUCCCUGCCGAGCGCCCGGCUCUUGGACAUUCACAUUCAGGAGUGGCAUGACUCUCUCUUUACUAUCCUUGCCCAGAAACAGGACAUGUACCAGUGUUUGGUGGAAGGCUGUGGACAGACGUUCAGGACUAAUAAACACAGGAAGGACCAUUUAAUAAGAAUUCACAAGUAUCCUCCAGACUUCAGAUUCGAUAAAACCAAAAAGGAACGAGGAAGACGAGAGACAAAAAGAAAGGAGCAGAAAGACGCAGCCAUGGAGGUGGUGGAUGAUGUGUGUGAGUCUGAGGGUGUCUGUGAGGUUAUGUGUAACUCUCCGUCCGACGAACCCGAGGGAGGGGAAUCCAUGGAGACACACGAGUGUGAGGAAAAAGCCUCUGCCGAGGACGUUCUUGCUGCAGCCCAGGACACUGAGAGCACAGCGCCACGAAAGCCUCAGUAUUCCUACAGGAUCCCCAACACUGUGUGUUUUGGUCACGGUUCGGUCCGAGGCUUUAGAGGACGGCGAGGAAGGAGGAAGUGAAGCAUCAAAGUCAAGGCUGCUAUUUUCUGGCUUUUCAGAUUUACAGCUUUAUAAACUUUGUACAGAAUACCUUCACAGUCAUAGAUGAUUUUAACCUGAAAUAAAAAACAGUUUUAUUUUGCAAAAA